AGCAGUGCACCUGAAGUCAACAAUGUUUUCCAAGCUAGCCCACUCUCAGACCGUUGCUGUUCUCUGCCGGGGUGUUCACGCUUCCGUGAGAUCUGCUACCUCCGUCGCCACUAAAAAAACCAUCCAAGGACCCCCAUCCUCUGAGUACAUUUUUGAACGUGAGGCUAAAUAUGGUGCCCACAACUAUCACCCGCUGCCUGUUGCUCUGGAAAAAGGAAAAGGUGUUUAUGUGUGGGAUGUUGAGGGCCGAAAAUAUUUCGACUUCCUGAGUGCUUACAGUGCUGUUAAUCAAGGCCACUGUCAUCCAAAGAUCGUCAAUGCUCUGAAAGCUCAGUCUGAAAAACUGACCCUUACCUCUAGAGCAUUCUACAAUGAUGUACUUGGUGAAUAUGAGGAGUAUGUCACCAAAAUGUUCAAUUACAACAAGGUUCUUCCAAUGAACACAGGAGUGGAAGCUGGAGAAACAGCCUGUAAGCUGGCUCGGAAGUGGGCAUACACUGUGAAAGGAAUUCCAAAAUACAAAGCAAAAAUUCUUUUUGCAGCUGGCAACUUCUGGGGCAGAACGAUGUCUGCUAUCUCUAGUUCUACUGACCCCUCCAGUUAUGAUGGCUUUGGACCCUUCAUGCCAGGUUUCGAGGUCAUCCCAUACAACGACCUACCAGCUCUUGAGCGGGCACUUCAGGAUUCCAACGUAGCAGCUUUCAUGGUUGAGCCCAUUCAAGGGGAAGCUGGUGUGGUUGUUCCUGACCACGGGUACCUCACGGGAGUGCGGGACCUCUGCACGAAGCACAAUGUUCUAUUUAUUGCUGAUGAAAUACAGACCGGUCUAGCCAGAACGGGGAAGAUGCUUGCUGUGGACCAUGAAAAUGUGAGACCUGAUCUAAUCCUUCUUGGAAAGGCCCUUUCUGGUGGCUUAUAUCCUGUGAGUAAUAAUAUUGAUUCAUUGAAUCAUAUAGACUGCGAUGCCUGGAAGGUUUGCUUGCGGCUCCGGGAUAACGGCCUUCUGGCCAAACCUACCCACGGCGACAUCAUUCGGCUGGCCCCGCCGCUUGUCAUUAAGGAGGAUGAAAUCAGAGAGAGCAUCGAAAUAAUUCAUAAGACCAUUCUGUCCUUCUGAACACAAGGCUCUUCGAGUAUCUCCGCUGACGGAUCCAAGGUGGUGUGUU